UUUGGCGGGUCGGUCGGUGGCGGGAGUUUGGUAGCGCUCCGCCGGUCCGCGGGCUCUUGGCCAUGCUGUGCCGCGCGCUGCUCCGCCGCGCCGCCGGGCACCGUCAGUCUUCACCGCUUCCCCUGCAGCAUCUCUUGGACGGCUAUAAGUGCAGCCGGGAAGAUGAUCAUCUCUCCUACGGAGAAAUCGGAAUGCCCGUCCCUCCCUUCGGCUGCAGCUUUUCUGCAGCCCCAAAUUUUGAGCACAUAUUGGCAGUUGCAAAUGAAGAAGGAUUUGUCAGACUGUAUGAUACUGAAGCUCAAAAUACCACCAAACUGAUCUCUAAGGAAUGGCAGGCUCACUCAAAUGCUGUGUUUGACCUUGCCUGGGUACCUGGAGAGCACAGGAUUGUCACUGCUUCAGGAGAUCAGACAGCCAAGGUGUGGGACGUGAGAGCUGGGGAGCUGCUUGGCAUAUGCAAAGGUCAUCAGUGUAGCCUCAAGUCAGUUGCUUUUUCUAGGUUUGAGAAAGCUGUUUUCUGUACUGGAGGCAGAGAUGGAAACAUCAUGGUUUGGGACACCAGAUGCAACAAAAAAGAUGGAUUUUACAGGCAAGUGAAUCAAAUCAGCGGAGCACACAACGUGGUUGACAAGCAGACUCCUUCCAAGCUGAGGAAGAAGAGGCAGAACCUGAGAGGACUUGCUCCCUUGGUGGAUUUCCAGCAGAGUGUAACUGUGGUGCUGCUUCAAGAUGAGCAUACUCUUAUCUCUGCGGGAGCUGUUGAUGGUGUGAUCAAAGUGUGGGACUUGCGCAAGAACUAUACUGCUUGCCGGCAGGAUCCUGUGCCUUUCAAGUCUUUUUUCUAUCCUGGAACCAGCACUCGCAAACUUGGAUAUUCUAGUCUGGUGUUGGAUUCCACUGGUGCUAAUCUGUUUGCUAACUGCACUGAUGACAGUAUCUACAUGUUCAACAUGACAAGUUUAAAGACCUUUCCAGUGGCGGUUUUCAGCGGACACCAGAAUUCUACCUUUUACAUCAAAUCCAGUAUUAGCCCAGAUGACCAGUUCCUGGUUAGUGGCUCAAGUGACUGCAACGCGUACAUCUGGAAGGUUUCUGAACCCAGCCUGCCUCCACGGAUCCUUGUUGGCCAUUCUCAAGAGGUUACCUCCAUUGCUUGGUGUCCUUCAGACUUCACCAAGAUUGCCACAUGCUCUGAUGACAACACCGUAAGGAUCUGGCGCCUACAACAUUGUCCCGAGGAGGAAAAGUCAGUGUCCAACAAAGCCAAGUUGGUGGGCUGGGUCACACAGAAGAAAUCGGAAGAACAGGGUGGAGCAGGACGUUCAGCCAGCCCACAGAAUACUCCUGCCAAGGCCUUCUCAGUGAGCAACCCAUGUGCUUCCUCACCGCGUCCAGCUGCCUGUGCUCCCAGUUAUUCUGGAGAUCCUCUUUCUACAAACACUCCAACAGUCUCUCUCAAAACUCAAAUGGCCACAGUCUGUACACCAGCAAAGCUGAGUGGAACCAGCCCACGUGCUUCUCCCAAACUGGUGCCUUCCUCCAAAAUGUCCAUUAAACACUGGAUUGCCAGGACUUCAUGCUCUUCCCCAGAAGUAGGGAAAAAGACACCUUCUCCUAGAAAAGCCCUGGCAGAAGUCACACAAAGUCUCCUGGAAACACCUAGCACUCCUAAAGCACAAUACUCACAGGCUGAGAAGCGUGCCAAGAGAAGGCUGGACUGCAGCAAGGAAGAUGAAGCAGGGCAGAAGUGUCUGCAGGCCUGUAGCUGUGUGACUGAACUGGACCGUGUGGCUAAGAAGUCCAAGCUAAAUUUAUGUCACUUGGCUGCAGGCCAAAGAGCUUGUGAUGAGGGCUCUCUAAGUCUGGCUGACUUGGAUAAUGAAGACUCGAGCCACAGCCCAAAAGAGCUUUCUUUUCCUGGAAGCCUUGUUAAUCCAUCCGGCACUCAAACUCCCCCUCUUGUUUUGCAGUCUCCCUGCGAGAGAGACUCAGAGGUAGUAGAUAAAGAGAAUAGUUCACCAGAAAGGAAAAACUGGCUGUCUGCUCUGGGAGAGAAGCUACGGACUGGCAAAGCUGGCAGCCCCCCAUCAUCUUCCAACUCCAGCGCAAAACGUCAAGAGGCUGCAGUAGUGACCACCUCACCGAAAACUGCUGUAACCACUUCAGUUUCCAUGAGGAAGAUCUGCACGUACUUCCACAGAAAGCCACAGAAUUGACUGAAGUAGUGUGUGGCUGUUGCACCUGAUCAUGUUGGAUGUUGACACUGGUAUUGAGACCAGAUUUAGCACAGCUGACAGAGCAAUAUACCAGCAUUACAGUUUGUUGUUGGACAUCGGUAAACUCUUCUGUUUUAAAGCUAAUAAUACUUGAAAUCAUCAGAGCAUGGAAGAUUAGUAUGAUACGUAGAGACUCCUGCUCUUGUAUUCAUGUCAGGUAAUGGAUCAUUUUGAUAGAGAAAACAGUUAUCUUUUACAUGACAACUGUUAUAAAGAGAGCAACUGCAUAUUGCUGACAGGCACAUGAAGCUUAUCCUUCAAUGUUACUAGUCUGGUGCCAUUGAAACUUUCUUUAUUUAAGAAUACUGUGUGAGGCAUUGUGCCCUCCAGAAAAGCAAAUGUUGUGUGUCCAGAAGCCCAUUCUGGAGGAAGAGCUGAACUACUUUGUGCUGAAUGGCAUUUCCAGUUAGUCCUCCUCCUUACAGCACCAACUACUCAAUUCCAGCAAGAAGGUCUUGAAUAUUUAAAUACAAAAGAAUUUUAAAUGCCCUUGUGUCCAUCUCCAUUCAAUGGCACAACUGGUGAUUGUAGUCUAAAAGAAGAGAGGGUAUGAUCGAGUACUUAAUGCCUUUACUUUUCUUGCCAUUGCUUUCUUUCUCAAAUGCUGAAAACUUCAGUAAUUACCAAAAUAGUUGGCUUUUGGACCAUCAGCACUAGAGCUGUAGAGGCCAACAGCUUGUCACUUCUCUGAAAUAAAAUAUUGGCAAGUUGUGUUACAAAAAUUAUUGCCAAACAGCAUUCCAUAACAACUGGUUGCUCGGUGACUUCUUACAGAUUCAGCCUGAAGCAAAGGCAUUAAUAACUGCUUGUAAAAUACCUUUAUGACACUUUUAUAAUACAGUAUUUAUUAAAUAAUAGCUUGUAAAUGGGGGGCCACUUCACAUUUUAGAAAGCACUUCACAAAGUUUACAGAUUAAUAUUUUACGUGCUUUGCCAUCUCAAAGUCAUCACUGGUACUGGUAGAACAAGAUCACUAGCUGAAAUAAGUUCACUGGCCUGCUGGCUAAUGAUACUGAAUCCAAGGUCAUUGUUUCCACAGGGGUAGCUUGUAGAUUUGUAUGUUAGAUUUGAGCAUUUACUCUGUUUUUUGGUAUGAUGGUUUCUAUAAACUUAAAAAAUAAUUAAAUAAAAAAUUACAAUCCCAAUUAAGUCUUUUUACUGCAAAAGUGCUAAGGGAUUUAAAGGGGAUAUGUUUCAACUAACCCAUGUUUUCUGACUGAAGUUUUCCCACCUACUUUACAGCAUUGAAAAGUGCAGUAACUGAAAGGAUUUAAAUGCUCGUUUGUUUUAUUUGCUGUGGAUUAUAUUUUGCAAGGAAAUAAAUGACAUGAAAGGAACUGGCUUUUGUAAAAGUUCUCUCACAGUUACAAAGCAAAAGUAAAUGGGCAAAAAAAAACAAACACUACUCAUCAUCAAGCUGCAGCUUUUAGUAAGAGCACUUGCUAUGUUUAAGGACCAGGAAAACUUCCUCUUGUUUACUAAAUUACAAGGCAUUACUGUAUGAGCUUUGAGGAGAUGUUAUUAAGUUAGAAGAAAGCAGGAAAGAGAGUGUAGUUCUUUGGACACUUUUUUAUAGUUCUUAAUUUUUAAAAAAACGUUUUUUAAACUGAUUAUCUGAAUAAAUAUUAACCUGAAUAAAACAAGAAUAAAAAAUUCUGUUAGCUUAAUAUUAACAUACUUUGUGUAGAUGGAAGUAGCAAAGAAAUAUAACAAAGGCAACCUAGGAGGUUUGUGAUUUAAUUCUGUCUUAAUUACAAUUAAUCAGAGAAACUGUUCAGCUUGCCUACAGCCAGUUUUCUGUGCAGGAUUUUUCUAUUCAGCUUGUAAAUAACUUGUUGCAGAAUAAGCAGAUGUGGACCCUCUCAAAGUAUUUAAGUGUUUUGUCAGCCAUUUCAACAGUGAUAGGGUUUUAUGUUCCACCAUACCUUCCACAAUAUUUUCCUCUGGCAGGAAAGUUCUACACCCAAAAUGUUAUCUCUUGUAUAUUGUUAACAGCUGCCUAGUGAUGAUUUACACUGACGGUGUACCUCUUAAAUGAAUAAUCUUAACUGGGAAUGUCAGAAUUUUUCCUUUUAAAUAGUACAUAUUUAGUGGAACAAUUUGUUUUGUGGACCAUCAGCUGUAAUUUCUUUCACCUUAAACUGUUGCCAGCCUGUUUCAGAGAAGUAAAGAAGUAAAAUAACUGAAGUUUACAUUCUUCUGUGUCAAAGUGCCUUGAUCUCAAUGUGAUAAAAUAAUGACUGCAGGAGCACAGAAGAAGAAUCACAUGUACAAAUCACAUUUCAAAUGAUUUAAGGUAAGCAGUGCUCCCCCUGAGACACUUGUCAAACUAAGUAUCGAGGGCUAUGAGCUGUUGUUUUGAGCUAGCAAGCCAUAUCUCUAAAUUAUCUUUCUGAAAGUUUGAUAAAAAACUCUACUCCAUGGUUGAGAGGGGUCUCCCAAACCCUAUAUAUAUGAAGGUCUCGUCUUAUGCAUCUUGCAGGUUUUUUCCCCCCAAAAAAUUUUUUUUUAAAAAAGCAAGAUUAUAACAGGAAGACCUAUUACCCCAGGCUAGUGCUGGUAGUUAGACUUAGAUAUAAAUUCAGGAAAGGGUUAUGCAUAACGACGUUCAAAUACCCUGUUACAUUAACUUUGACCCAACAUCUUUAACUCUGCUUAAGUUACAGCACUUCUUAGUUUUCUCCCGAGUUAAAGACAACAGGUGAUCACAGGUCCACACCUGUACCUAAAUUAUUCUAGAGGUGAAAUACUCACUGUGAAAAGGUUCUGAUGUGCAUUUUGAAUUUGUUUAUUUUUCAGUUAUUACUUCAGACUAUUUUAUUUAUUUAUUAUUUGUUUCAUUUAGGUUAAAGAUAUUUCUGUUAAUUUUCAUGGAUUUACUGGUGGAGGAAGUGACAGUGUGUAUGUGAGAUUAAGGAAUCUACUGGAUUCUUGAAAACGUGUCUGAAAUAAAUGAAAUGAGUCUUGAUUUGUUUGUAUAGGCUCUGAUUUGCUGUAGGCAGUUGAUAGCAAGGUGGUCAUGUGAAAAUUGAGAGUGUUGCAUUACUAGAAAUUGGUUGUUUGCAAUUAUUCUAAGAAGUGGGACUGCAAUGAUAAACAGAAUGCUGACGUUGGCAGAAUUGAGCAGAGGAAAAAUUACUCCAUGUAAGAACAAAAUUGAAAGAACAAAGUACAUUGCAUAAGAGGUGCCACUGGCAGGAGAAACAGCUUCACGUGCUUGUUGGGUACAUAUAAGAAAGAUUAGGGCCUGAGGCCCACUCGGUGCCUCCGUAUUAGGCUCCCAUCCAUAUCCUCCAGUUUCUUUCCUCUGCACAUGGGAACAGUUGUCCAUACUUGCC